ACUAGUCGAAUCUUUCAUUUUAUCUUAUUGAUCUUUUGAAGCUUUCGCUCUAUAAGAUCAUUCUAUCUCGUCUUCAACUUACGAACCUCUUUCUUUUUUACGUUUCGCCCACCCUUUAAUUCAUAUUCAACAUGGAGGAUGAGGUAGCAGCCCUCGUUAUCGACAAUGGUUCCGGUAUGUGCAAGGCCGGUUUCGCCGGUGAUGACGCACCCCGUGCCGUUUUCCCUUCCAUCGUUGGUAGACCACGUCAUCAAGGUGUCAUGGUCGGAAUGGGACAAAAAGAUUCAUACGUCGGUGACGAAGCUCAAUCAAAGCGUGGUAUCUUGACUUUGAAAUACCCAAUCGAACACGGUAUCGUUACAAACUGGGAUGAUAUGGAAAAGAUCUGGCAUCACACUUUCUACAAUGAAUUGCGUGUCGCUCCUGAAGAGCACCCAGUUCUAUUGACUGAAGCUCCAUUGAACCCCAAGGCAAACCGUGAAAAGAUGACACAAAUCAUGUUCGAAACCUUCAACGCACCCGCUUUCUACGUUGCUAUUCAAGCUGUUUUGUCUCUAUACGCUUCCGGUCGUACAACCGGUAUCGUUCUUGACUCUGGUGAUGGUGUUACCCACACUGUCCCAAUUUACGAAGGUUACUCUUUGCCCCACGCAAUCUUGCGUCUCGAUUUGGCCGGUCGUGAUUUGACUGAACAUUUGGUCAAGAUUUUGAUGGAACGCGGUUACCCAUUCACCACUACAGCAGAACGUGAAAUUGUUCGUGACAUCAAAGAAAAACUUUGUUACGUCGCUUUGGACUUUGAACAAGAAAUGCAAACCGCCAGCCAAUCUUCCGCACUGGAAAAGAGCUACGAAUUGCCUGACGGACAAGUCAUCACAAUUGGUAACGAACGUUUCCGUGCUCCUGAAGCAUUGUUCCAACCCUCAUUCUUGGGUUUGGAAGCUUCUGGUAUCCAUGAAACCACUUACAACUCCAUCAUGAAGUGUGAUUUGGAUAUCCGUAAGGACUUGUACGGAAACAUUGUUAUGUCUGGUGGUACUACCAUGUACGCCGGUAUCAGUGACCGUAUGCAAAAGGAAAUCACCGCUUUGGCACCAUCCAGCAUGAAGGUCAAGAUUGUUGCACCACCAGAACGUAAAUACUCCGUCUGGAUCGGUGGUUCCAUUUUGGCAUCUUUGUCCACCUUUGCACAAAUGUGGGUUACCAAGUUGGAAUACGACGAAGGAGGUCCAGCAAUUGUUCACCGCAAGUGCUUCUAAGAAGUUUACUGGAAUCUUUUACGCUGUUGCAGCAUGCUGGACAUGGAAAAAGGUGGAACAGCAGACCCAAUGGUUCAACUUUUGGUUUCUCGAAAGGCUUUUUUUCGUUGCUGUUUCGCCUCUGUAUUGUCUUGUAGGCUGUUCUCUAUCUCUUGUUUCUCAUUUUUAAAGAUGUUCAUUGUAACGAACUCUUUGUCUUUUUUUGUCCAAA